AUGGCAACACUGCAGAUCAUUUACAAACAAGAAUCAUUGGACACCAAAAAAUGUUUUGGCGAGGAUAAUAACACUGAUUUUCCGAAUAUGAUGGACCAUAAGAAAAUGUCACUAAACAACAGCGCCAUGAAAUCGCUAGAUAGCUCGCAGGAAAUACCUAGUACUAAAUCAAAUAAUGAAAUCAGCCAAGUUGAACCAAAGAUGUUUGGAAAUACCAUAAAUAAAAAGAAGUGCCUUAGUAAUGUUAAGUCAAAUUGCUCCGCAUUCAAUACCAAAAAGAAACAUUCAUCCACUUCCAAAAAACCAAGUAAGUCUAUUAAUCAAAACAAAGAAAAUCGAGUUCACAAAAAUGCAUGUCCUUCAAAGAAAGAACGAUCGAGCAAAAAGCUGAAGGAACUUUUUGGAGACGACCGGGAAGCUGUAAAACGUGAUAAAACUGGGAUACAAGAAAUAGAUACAAAUUUAAAAAUGACGACGAAUAAUGACCUUGUACCCAAUAAGAAAAAGAAAAAUCAACGUAAGCGGGUUAAAAAUAAGGAAAGGAAUUUUCAGCAGAAUAUUAAUAAUAACAAUAAAAUUGGUCAGCUCACAGCACAAGACGAAACUCAAAUUUUACCUAAUCAACAUUCUGAAGAAGCGAAGUCCGAUCAUGGGAUGGAUAAUGCUAAUUAUAAUACUAAUGAAGCCAGUAAGUUUGAUACCGAUGCCAUUCAAAUUUUAAAUGUUUUCUCGGUCAGUCAAGGCGAGAAUGUUGACACAAAUAAAAAGACAAAUUUAGAAACUUCAGAACCAGCCAAUUUAACGCAGCCUAUAGGCCUGAGUAUGCCGAUUUUAGACGAAACAAUAGAGUGGCAAAUUAGCCAAAAUUCACCAUUACCAAAAAUUGUGAAUGCUUCUUCAUUAAGUGAAGAUAAUAGUAUUACAUCGAAUGAAGAACAAGAAACGACUCGUAAUUCAAAAUUGGAUAUAAACAGGAAUGAAGAAAUUACUAUUGACUCUAAUUUAUCUAGUGAUAAGAAUAGUAGAAGUGAACCAAAGAGGCCAGUAACAAUUAAUAAUAAAAGCUUGCAGGAAAAUUGUCAACAGAUCUUAAACUAUGCCAAACAAAUAAUAAAAAAAUUGUCUGAUAAAGAAAUUGUGGAGGAAAAUAGUAUUAUGGAUAAAGUCGCUUGCGAUAAUCUACCUGCAGAUAACUUUAGUAAGGAUUUACUUAUUUCUACUAGUCAAACACAGAAAUCUCACAAAGAUGAUCAAACUUUACUCAUCAGCAGUGAUAUACAACAAACAAUAAAUGGAGACGUUCCAAAGAUUAUACCAAAGUUUAAUAUUACUAUAGAAAGAAGUGAUAAUGAAACGGGUAAAAGUUCUGCUAAUAUAACAAUAUCAUUUGCAGAAAGCCAAAAUGCCAGUACUCCUAAGAAAAAUGAUUUGGAAAAUAAAGUGAAAAAUAUGCCAGUGUCAGCUAGUUCCAUAACGAAUUUAUCGGAUCAAGAAGCAUCAAUUUCUUCGAAGGUAAAUUUAGAUUUACAAGUUAAAAAUACCUAUGUGAUACCACCGCAAGCAGCUGCUGAAAUAUCACCAGAAUUAUUCCAAAAUAGUCCGCAAAGUAAUCAGCAAUUAUCGCCUGUAAACAAUAAAGUUAAAAAUAUGCCAGUAUUACUUAAUUCCAAACCCAAUGUAUCGCUUAAAUCGACGAUUCCUUCGAAGGUUGAUUCAGAAUUACAAGUUAAAAAUACCAGCGUGAUACCGACGCAUAAUGCUGUUAAAAUAUUACCAAAACCGUUUCAAAAUAAUUCGCAAAAUAUAUUAUCCUCUGUAGACAAAAGUACAGCUGAGCAAUCUCUGACAAUUGUUCCAAUAUGUCAGUCGAACUCAACACAGGAAAAUGACAAGAUAACAGAAUCUUCCAAGCAAUUUGAAAUACAAGAAAAAUCAUCGGAGCCGUCAACUUUGCUAUUGCCAGCAAGUCAAAAUAAUUUAGUUUCGCUUCUUUGCCCUCCGAAUCCAAUAACGAUAACUCCAUUAAAUGACCAAUACAAAAUGAUCAAUUUACCAGUUUUUGUGAAUGGAACGCAAAUAAUUCUACAGUCACCAACUGCUUUACAAAGUGAAACUUGUGAAAAUUCAUCUAUCAACCCAGUUAUUUCUUCACAGCCUUUUUCUAAUUCUUGUGCUUUUGGAUUAGUACAAUCUGGAAUUUCACAGGAGAAAAUUGUGCUAACCAAACCUUCUGAGCGUUUAGUCAAUACCGCUCCUGACAAUGCCCAACAUAAACUACCUGACAUACAAGUUAACGAAAUUAGGCAUUCUUCAGAUUCACAAACAAGGAUUUUCUCAUCAAACAAUCAGUUCAUAAGAUCUUCUGAUUCUGUAAUAGUGUAUUCGAAACCAUCCAUUAGUUUCCAAAAUGGACAGAAACGUACUUUACCACAGACUGAGCCAAGGACAACGAGCAGAACACACGAAAAAGCUUUUUCUCCUGCCAUUAUUUCAAAUUCGGAAAAUGUUAAUAAUGGAUCCACAGCAAGUGUGUGCAUAACUCAAUUUCAGCAUUUAGAUCAGAACCGACAUAACUUUAAUAUGGUACGUUCUGAGUUUAAUACUUCACCUCAAACUGCGACAAAUAUUUAUGACAAGAAUGCUAAUAGCGGUAGCGGCAACAUGCCAUUUGAACUUCCUGGUGAUUUACCAUUGGCAGAGACAUUGAAUCGACCUGGAAAAUCAAUAUCAUCAAAGUUUGAUGCAAUGAAUCGUGCGAAUUCUUCAAAAGCAGCUUCAAAUUUUUCAUCGAAUGUAUCUCCAAUGAAUAUAACUAAUAGCUUAUCAUCUCCUGAACAAUCGCAUAUUUCGAGUGCCAUGUCUCGAUCUGAAAACACAUCGAAUGAGACAAACGCGAGUUUUCCAAAAAUUCGAGUUAGAUCAUUGGAAAGUAUGAAUUCACAAGAAGCCGCUGCCGAUAUAAACUUACCAUCGUAUAGAAAUCGUCAUCAAAACUCGAUUAAUGCCUCAAUUGAUGAUGUCGAUUUUCAUAUGUACAUAGCAAAAAAAAUGUUUGAGGCGAGCGAUAUAAUUAAUCACAUUGAAUCCUUAUGUCGAACUUUAUUCGUUGAAUUAUUAAACACGCUUACAAAUUCAAAAAAUAGUGAAAGUUGUGAACCAGAUAUUUCCACAAUGCAGCUUUCACCGACUAAUUCCUUCACUCCCUCGCAAGAAAAUAAAUUUCAAGAAAUAACUGAAAAUUCAAAAAAACAGAAAACCAAACCUAAUGGUAAACCUAAGAAACCUAGAAGGCCUAGUCUUCGGAUAAAUGAUUCAGAUAAUACAACUGAUUUGUCGCAUCCAAACCAGCCUCUUUCCCAAAACAAAUCAUCUUCGGAUAUUCAAUUGUUGAAUCAAAAUAAUGCAUCGAAAGAAUUACCACAUACAUGGUCAAGGACAACAAGUACAGGAAAUAAAGCAUACUUUCAAAUGAUGUUUGAACAAUCUCUGAAUGGCAGACGAAAUUUGCAACAAACUUCAGUCACAAUCGAAAAAGCAGUUACUAAUAAUAUUCUACCAGUUGACAACAGAAAUAACUUUUUUCCAAUGCCACGUAUCAAUUUCCAACAAACAGCCGAAAAUGGUUCACUAUUGAAUCAAUAUAUGGGGCAGAGUAAUGUAACUAACGUUUGCUCAAACAUAGCACCCGUAAUAUCGCAAAAUCAUUAUUAUAAUAGACCGUAUGCUAAUAAUAGUUACCGCCCAGUCUCGUACUUGAAUAAUCCAAUGCAAUCUCAGCAGAUACCGUAUUCUCGAGAACAAAGUAAUUUGUUACAAUGUAGUAAUUUGGCUAUGAUACGGGCUCAAAAUAAUUGCAACAAUAUGAACAAUUAUAGACCAUUUAUGAACAGUUUCAAUAAUAUGCACCAAGUUUCUUUUCAAAAUUGUGCACCGGCGACUAGUGCUACAGCAGGGGUAUCCACCAAUAAUCAAAAUAGUAUGUGCAAUAACCUUUAUCAAAGAAAUCAGAAUCUGGGUUGUCGUUUCGGUCAAGGUGUUCCAAAUUACAAUAACGUGCAAAUGAUUUCAAAUCCUUUCCAAAACUUGCCGAAUAUAAGUUCUAUAAUUGAAAAUAGUUCUGUACAAGACCCUACGCAAAUGCAGUUUCAACCAGCUCCGGCCAUGAACGAUAGAAUUGGAAAUCCAUCAUUAAAUUCUCAAACUUGCGGAGCACAAAAUGCCUUCACUGGACACAUUGAUUCAACACAAAAUUUCUUAAUAAAUCGCCCUGCAGAAAAUAGUGUUGUUGGAACUAAUUCAUCGCAUGUAAACACUGCGAAUGGGUCCAUGAUGCAAAAUAAUCAAUCUGAGCAAGAUGCACCAAUGAAUAUUACAAAUGAUCAUCCAGAAGUAGCAAAAACGAUGGAUAAACCAUGCCAAUCAGUUCAUAUGGUAGGUGAAAAGCUGUGUUCCAAAGAAGGGCAAACAACUGAAAUAGUCAGUUCUAUUUAUUAUUCACUCCUUUCCAACAAAAAUAGUAGAUGCACCAUGUCAAGAAAAUCUCAAGAAGCAAGAUCCUGCGCCUAUGAAUUCUCACCAGGAUACUGA